CCAUCAGUCAGUCUGAUUAUGCGGUUCUUGUGGGAAACAUAUUCUUGCGCAGUUCGUCUUCUUCGUCCAGUGCGCGUCGCGUAACGAACGUAAAACACAAUCGAAAGUCCGCAAGUUGCGUGCGCCGCCCGCCCGAUGAUAAUCUCUGUGACUCCGGUGGUGAAUGAAUUUGUACAAAUGGCCCCAAAAAGGCGACGACACAACGUGGGUUCAUCUUCCGUCGGCUUUAUUCGGACGCUAGUUGUGGCGUGUGGCCUUGCCGUCAUUCCGCUUCAGGGAGCUCCAGCCGGGUGGGAAUCGUUUCAGACCUCCAACGUCCACCAGCAGGUUCCCACGAAAGAGAUGUUUGACUUUAUGCGGCGGUACGGCUACUUGGAAAAGGGUCCCAGCCAGGCCGAAGCUCUGUAUAGUGAGGAAGCAGUGGUUAUGGCGAUUAAGAGCAUUCAGCGAUACGGAGCGCUGCCGGAAACGGGGGUUCUUGAUCCAAGGACUAUUCGCCUGAUGUCCUCCCCACGCUGCGGUGUAGUAGACCAGAUGCCACAUGAACAAUCAAUGCGACAUCGACGGUACGUCAUCGGAUCCGAAAGCUGGCGAAAGCGAAAGAUAACCUACUUCAUCGCCAACUGGAGCAGCAAAGUAGGCGAGGAUUCGGUAGCCAAAUUCAUGCAACGGGCCUUCAACGAGUGGGCCAAGUACAGUAACUUGAAAUUCGUGCGAGUGUAUGACCCCUCGGCCGAUAUCAUAGUAGGCUUCGGCAGCGGUCACCACGGUGAUAACUAUCCCUUUGAUGGACCUGGGAACAUCCUGGCCCAUGCCUUCUACCCAUAUGAGAUGCAAUCCUAUGGCGGGGACAUCCACUUUGACGAAGACGAAAACUGGAAGGAGAACUCCACGCACCUCUCGGAUGGCGUCGAUUUCUACUCCGUUGCUAUUCACGAACUGGGUCAUUCGCUGGGGUUGGCACACUCUCCGGUGUACAGCUCGCUUAUGUUUCCUUACUACAAGGGUAUAACUCAAGGAACGCUAGACUAUGACGACAUUUUGGCCGUGUACAAGCUUUACAUUCAAAAUCCAUACAUCACUGAUGAACCCUACAACUACCCAACCGAAGAAACCGUCAUCGAAGAGGAAUACGACGAACCUUCAUCACCAGCAACGACUCCGGAACCAGUUCCACGGCUUCCCGACUUUGUGACGGAGCCUCUGAGUCCCGGUGACUUCCCGACAACCCCCGUUCCACCAUACGACAUCCCAAUCACUUACGUCGGUGACUACACCACCGUAGACGAUCACCUGACCAGGCACCAGUACGAGGGAGUAACCCAACCGGAACUGCCGGAGUUCACUCAAAUGCCUAACGUUUGCUCCGGUGGUUUCGACGCGGUCGGAGUGCUACGUGGUGAGGUGUUCAUCUUCAAGGGGCCCUACUUGUGGCGGCUGACGGAAAAAUACCGGAUUCGGGAUGGCUACCCGGUUCGGAUUUGGCAGGUUUUCCGGGGAUUCCCGAGGGAUGUUCAGCGAAUCGAUGCCGUUUAUGAGCGCGAGUUCGACAACGGAGUGGUGCUGUUUUCAGGGAAAAACUACUGGAUUUCCGAUGGACUCAACUUCCUUCAUCCGGAGGCUCGUCCUAUAACGGAUUUCGGUUUACCUAACACCCUGGAAAAGGUGGACGCAGCCAUGGUUUGGUCCAAAAAUCAAAAGACAUACUUAUUCGCCGGAGACCAAUUCUGGCGGUUUAACGAUACAACCGGAACGUUGGACGAGGAUUACCCAAGAUCGAUGGAUCGUUGGUACGGCAUUCCGACCAAUCUGGAUGCGGCUACUUCCGUUGCCAGUGGCAAAACGUACUUCUUCAAGGGAAACUAUUACUGGCUUUACAACAACGAACGGGUUCGACCAGAACGAGGCUAUCCACGGAAGGCCAGUAACGUAUGGCUCGGGUGUCGAGUCGCUUAGCAAAUAAACCUUAUUAAAUGUAAAA